AGGAAAAGUCUGCAUUUCUGGACCAUCACUAUAUUUCCAGGUACUUUGGUCGCAUUCCUUACAAUUGACUGGAAAAUUAUCUGAAAAGGUCACAAUAUGAUUAACAUUAGAGUCCCCACUCAGCUACCCUGUCGGGUAACAAUGACUGCCAGGCUUCUUACACAGCCUUAUCAGAGAAAAGAAUCAGCGGGCAAGGCAACUUGAAGCUUAGCAACACCCUCAAGUAACUGCCCUUGUCCCUUAAAAGCUGCUAGUCUCAAGGAAUGCUGAUUAUUAACAAUAAUAAUAAUAAAGUAGGGUUCUUAUUAUCAGUAAAAUUCUAUUUUGAUACAUUUUUCAUUUUUUUCCCUGAGAGAGGGUUUCUCUGUAGCACUGACUGUCCUAGAACGCACUCGGUAGAUCAGGCUGGCCUCUAACUUUGGGAAUCCGUCUGCCUCUGCCUCCUUGAGUGCUGGGAUUAAAGGUAUGUGUCAGCAACGUCCAGCAAAAUUUUCACUUCUAACACAGCUGGACACUAUGAACACCAAAGGUAAAGGCUGCUUCAGAAAAAGAUGAACCUGAGUACAACUUAAGAAAGUUAUUUCUGCCCCAUCCACAAAUACUGACUAACUAGUAUGUGCCACAGCCCUGUAACCCCAGCACCAAGGAGACAAGGCAAGAAUUUUGCAGCCAACCUGAACUACAUACUGAGAACCUACCUCAAAAAGCAAACAACAACAAAAAUGGCUGAGUUUUCCGAGGGACCAACCAGCACAAUGUAAGUAAGGAAACUGAAAUGGACAAAGGCAGAGCCCACCCUCAAUCCUCCAAAUUAUUAGCAGCAAGGGAGAAAACUGGACAAGUGAAAACUAUGAAACUGCUCCAAACACGCAGGCAUCAACUAGCUGAGAACCUCUAGAGACCGAAUGUGCUUUACAUUCACCAGCUAGCUACUUGUUUCUCCCAAAUGCUGAACCAAGAGCUUUGACUUGCGGCAAGUCCAUGGCUCCGAUGAUCCAAGAGCAGAGGCCCAUCUCAGGGUCUCCCCACUGGGUUGACAGAGGCUUUUCUGGACUGUGCCUUCUCAAUGAGUACUUGCCUCAAUCCCCACUUUCUGUCCCUGGGUACUUUAUGGGAUAUCUAUAGCACUGUAAAGAAGUGUACUGGCUAUCUUCCUGUUGUCUCAAAAGUACGUUCUGAACUUUCCAGACAGGAAGAAGAGGAAGUCCCUUUGGUCCUCCGGUGGUCUUUUUUGUUUUUAAUAUUUAUUUAUUUAUUUAUUUAUUUAUUUUGUAUGCAAUAUUCUGUCUGUGUGUAUGCCUGCAGGCCAGAAGAGGACACCAGACCCCAUUACAGAUGGUUGUGAGCCACCAUGUGGUUGCUGGAAAUUGAACUCAGGACCUUUGGAAGAACAGGAAAUGCUCUUAACCGCUGAGCAAUCUCUCCAGCCCCCUCCGGUGGUCUUUGAUGACUCAGAUUCCACUUUAGCUCAGGGUCCUUCUGCCCUGACAAGCAAGUAUUGAGAGCUGGAAGCUGGAAAACAGAGAUGGUCUCAUUGCCCCUGCACUCAAGAAGCUCCCACUCCUUGACAAGUGGGGAAGAUGCCUCUAAAAAAUAGCCAGGAAAAGUGUAGAACAGAAUUACAAGGGAGCACAGAGACACACAUGAAUGAGAAAUCCCAAGGGCUGCCAGCACACAUGAACAAGAAUGGCUGGAGUGACUUCUGUUCCCUAACACUCAAGGGUUAAGUUAGGGUGACACAUUUCCAUAAACAGCAUGCACCCAUAUUAAAACAAGCACAUAAUACCCAAGAUGUUAUGAUACUCAUUACAUCUAAGACGAAUUAAGAGGAAGCUCAAGAAGAGGCUGACUAGCAAGGGGUAAUGGAGGCAAAAAAAACUACAGCAUCUUGAUUUAAUGACAGUUACUAAUUGUAACUCCAUUUCUGCGCAUUUUAUGACAUAUCAACUAUAACAAUUUAUUGUUAAAAUAAAGAACAUUUUAAAGAAAAAUAAUAGCCUCAAUGGUACCUGGACACGGCAGGGAAACAGUUCAAUACACAAAUGGCAAACUCAAGACCCAAGACUAAAUUAAGUCUCCCCAAUAACUUUCGUUAUUGUUGUUUUCUGGUUUUCUGAGACAGGGUUUCUCUGUAGUCCUGGCUGUCCUCGAACUCACAGAGAUCUGCCUGCCUCUGCCUCCCAAGUGCUGGGAUUAAAGGCGUGCGCCACUACACUGUGGCUUUACUGUUUUUAUUUUAUCAAUAUACUUACACUAAUCGUGUGUGUGUUUGUGUUUUGGGCUAAGAAUCAGACUCAGGGCGUCACACAGGCUAGGCAAGUGCUCUAGUAGUAAGCCACACUCCCAAAUCAAGAUUUUUUUUAACAUAUCUAUUAACAUGAAUGCAGGUUUUUAUAGUAUUAUCUACAGGCAGUUGUUAAGACUAUCACUUGGGCUUUAAGAGUGAUUUUUAAUUGACAGUGUUAAGUUUCAACCUAAAAUUAUAAAUUUAUAUAAUGGGAAUUGUUUCAACCUGUCUCAGGGUCUCACGGGUAAUGUAGAAGAACAUUAAAUGUUUCAAAUACAGGAAUACUAAAUCUAAGAAAUGUUCUCUUCAGAAUGAUAAAAUUCCAAGUUGUACUGAAGGGAAGCUGAUGUCUUUUCUCCCCAAAUCAUACCUGCCUUAAAUGCAUGGCCUUUGAACUAUUUACAAUUCAGGCUUGACACAGCAUAAAAUUACUUUGGCGGAGCAUCAGGUCACUUUUAAUAAACCUCAGAUUUUAACUCUGCAAUUCUCAGUUUUCCUUAACAUAUGGAAAUUCUAAUCAAUUGAAAAAGAUAAAACUUCCAAGGAAAUCUGAAAAGAUUAAUGUGGUUUAAAGAUGAGUUUGACAUUAAAACUCCUCUACUUAGAAAACUAGAGACUUUGGGUUUGGGUCCUUUUCUUUUUAAGUGACCUAGUAUACAUAAUUUUUUCUCUAUGUAUUUUUAAGGACACCAAACAGAAAAUAAUGUUGAUAUAGGAAUAAAUUUUCACACUGAGAAAUGAGAACAGAAUUCUAAUUUCAUUUACAGUUUUACACUUGGCCCUGCUUAUUCUUCUUAAUUGGAGUUCAGACACUAUCAUUUUUAAUAGACAAAAUCUACCUAGUUCAAGAUGGCGCCGGAAGCGAAGAAGGAAGCUCCCGCCCCUCCCAAAGCCGAAGCUAAAGCGAAGGCCUUGAAAGCCAAGAAAGCAGUGCUGAAAGGCGUCCACAGCCACAAAAAGAAGAUCCGCACAUCGCCCACCUUUUGGCGGCCCAAGACCCUGCAGCUACGAAGGCAGCCUAAAUACCCCCGGAAGAGCGCGCCCAGGAGGAACAAGCUUGACCACUAUGCCAUCAUCAAAUUCCCCCUGACCACCGAGUCAGCAAAGAAGAAGAUAGAAGACAACAACACACUUGUGUUCAUUGUGGACGUCAAGGUCAACAAGCACCAGAUCAAACAGGCUGUGAAGAAACUCUAUGACAUCGAUGUGGCCAAAGUCAACACCCUCAUAAGGCCCGAUGGAGAGAAGAAGGCGUAUGUUCGGUUGGCUCCUGAUUAUGAUGCUCUGGAUGUUGCCAAUAAGAUCGGAAUCAUCUAAACUGAGCCCAGCCGGCUAAUUCUAAAUAUACACUUUUUCACCAUAAAAAAAAAAAAACAA